AUGACGCCUUCAGUGCACACGGUUUGCGGAAUGCUCGCCUCUCUCUUCGUCACAAUAGCAGUUGCUUGGUCGGUCAUAAAGAUAGCGGGGAAUUCGGGAGUCCGGUCGCAUUCUCGUCCGGUAUUGCUGCUCUUAGGAGACUCUCUCACGGAGAAGGGCACAGACCCUACGACACAAGGCUGGGUCACGCUGCUGAAGUCUCGAUACACGCGUUCGUCGGUCGUCGUCACACACGGACUCUCGGGGGUGGUUCUUAAAGGACCAUUGUGGAACGGGAGCGACGCAGAGACAAACGUCCCGAUUGGCGACUACAAGGAGAAUUUGAUCAAGAUCGUCAGCGGUCUGUGGGUAGCAGCACCAACCGCUCAGCUUCUACAGAUCACCCCACCCCAUGUCAACGAUUCCGCCAGAGUCGAGAUGGCUCAAGAACGUACGGACUCCAAGCGAGGUUUCGUCGAUCGGUCGAACGCCAUGACCAAGGAAUAUGCUCUUGCUUGUGUCGACGCGUCCGAGACGCUCAAAGCCCCCGUACUGGACUUGAACUCGUACUUCAACCCCAUGUCCGAGUCGGACCGAAAUGCUCUGCUGGUUGAUGGGCUGCACUUUAACCAAGAAGGCAACAGGGCGGUAGACGAGCGACUCCGAAGUAACAUUGCAGCAGAGUUCCCUACUUUGGACAACACUGUUUGGCAGUUCCCGCCAGCAAGCACGUGUGUUUUGAAGGAUCCGAGGACUGCCUACAGUUAA